UAUUUUUAACUUAGGAUUGUCUACUUAUAAAGAUAAUAAAACAGCGUGUUUCACCUUGAUGGUGAAAUACACAUCACUUUUAUAUGGAGGUAUGUUCACACUCUAUCAAACAAUUCAGUUUAUUCGAUGGAUACCAAUCUUUCGAUAUGCAAUACACAGUUUAGUGUACAAGAUUCGGUUACAGUAGUAGAGGGAUCAUAUAUAGCAGCAUGGACACCUGUGUUGUUUGUUUUAGCAGCGCCUCUCCACUUUGUCUAUUUGAAACACAAUUUACAAGCAGCUGUUGUCCAGUACAAAUUCAUUUUAGCAAUAUUCAUCACACUAUUAGGCGUACUAAGCUUAUCAAUUGGACUGAGAGAUAUUCAUGACGUUUUGUUUGGAGAAAAGUCUCCUGAUGGUUUUAUUUUAUCAAUUAGUAUAGUUUUGACAACGAUAUUGAUACAAGAUGAAUCUCAUAGAACACAGAGGAAGAAAAAGAGAAAUUUCAGAUGUUUCCAAAUGUUUGGACUUUUCUGCAGUUUGGGAAUUUCGUUUUCGUAUAUUUUUUAUAAACGGAAAGAUACUAAUGUUGAUAAUAACUGGGAAAUACAACUAACAGAGUGGACAACAAAACUGUAUUGUGUGCUGAUAAGUGUGUACCUAGUAGAACCACUAAUACUGGGUUCAAAACAGGAUCUGGGAACAAACCAGUCUUUUGAAAAGGGUAAAGCAGACAAAGACGUUUCCCCAGAAAGAAAUGCAUCUGUUUUGUCUCGGCUCACGUGGAGCUGGGUAACGCCAUUUGUACUGUAUGGAUAUAAACAUAAUAUCGAACCUUCAGAUUUAUGGCCCUUAAAACCUGAACAUAUAUCUACAAAUAUCAUUCCUAUUUUCGAUAAGUACUGGGAAGAGGAGGUAGAGAAAGCUCCAAGAGAGAGACAAUCCCAAGGAAAGCGAACGAUUAAGACAACACCAUUUACUGUUGAGAAAAAAGUUCAGGCAAACCUCCUCCGUUGUGUCAUAAGAGCAUCUGGGCCUGCUGUGUUGCUGUCAGCUUUUUACAAAUUAUUGUAUCAUUUGGCCGAGUUCACCUUUCCCUAUAUGAUAAGACUCCUAAUUGGCAUAGCAAGAGAUGAAAAAGAAGAGAUCUGGAAAGGUUACAUACUUGCUAUCCUUAUGUUUUCUGUCUCAAUAUUCAAAUCUGUUGUUUUGAAUAUUCAUAUUAAUGAAACACAAGAAGCAGGAAGGAGUAACUGGGUAGCUCUUACUGCUGCCAUUUAUAAAAAGACUCUGAGACUCACUAAUGCAGCUAAGCAAGAUUCUACUGUAGGCGAGAUCAUCAACUUGAUGUCUGUUGAUGCUGAAAAGAUAGGAAAUUGUAUGUGGAGUGUGAAUGAUGUAUGGGCCGUUCCCCUCUUAUUUUCAAUAUCUUUUUACUUCCUGUGGCAAACCUUAGGACCCUCAGUCUUGGUUGGGCUCAUAAUUAUACUAUUAUUGGUACCAGUUAAUUUUAUAUUGAUGAGGAAAUCAAAACAUUUGCAAUUGGAGAGCAUGAAUUUAAAAGACGCAAGAAUAAAAAAGAUGAAUGAAGUCUUAAAUGGAAUCAAGGUUUUAAAGAUGUAUGCAUGGGAGGAAUGUUUUGAGAAGCGCAUUUUAGAAAUUCGAGACCAAGAACUUCAUAUACUAGCAGGACGAAAAGGAAUUCAGAAUUGGAUGCAUGUGAUAUGGGCAACGACGCCUUUCAUGAUAUCGUUGUGCACAUUCGGAGCUUACGUUUUGAUUGAUGCCAAUAAUGUCAUGUCAGCAGAGAAGGUGUUUGUAUCUCUAUCACUGUUCAAUGUACUUCAAUAUUCACUGCAUCUUCUACCACACGUGAUCAACUAUUUUAUCCAGACAGCUGUUUCUUUAAAAAGGAUACAAGACUUUCUGAAUAACGAAGAACUGGAUACCAGUAUAAUAACAAGAAACAUUGAUUCAGAAUAUGGAAUAACAGUUGAAGAUGGAACAUUUAUUUGGAAUACAACCAUGGAACCAACUUUGAAAGACAUUACGUUCAAAAUACCAGAAGGAUCACUUGUAGCAAUAGUUGGUUCUGUUGGAGCAGGAAAAUCCUCGUUGUUGUCAGCCAUACUAGGUGAAAUGGAAUCAACAACAGCAAAAGUUAAUAUUAAGGGUUCGAUUGCAUAUGUUGCUCAACAGCCAUGGAUAAUGAAUACAAGUUUACAACAAAACAUUCUUUUCGGAGAAGACCUGGACAAGAAGAAGUACGAAUAUAUUUUAGAUGCAUCAGCUCUUAGAAAAGACUUAGAAAUGUUACCCGGAGGAGACCAAACAGAAAUUGGUGAAAAGGGCAUAAAUUUAAGUGGUGGACAAAAGCAAAGAGUCAGUUUGGCCCGUGCUGUGUAUCAGAAUGCUGACAUAUAUUUACUUGACGAUUCUUUAAGUGCUGUUGAUGCCCAUGUUGGCAAACACAUUUUUGAUGAAAUCAUAGGCUCAAAUGGGCUUUUAAAAGAAAAGACAAGAAUACUUGUUACGCAUGGCCUAAAUUACAUACGGAAAGUCGACAUCAUCAUAACAAUAGUAGAUGGCCGAAUCGGAGAAAUAGGAUCAUUCGAUGAACUCACUGAACACGAUGGAUCUUUUGCAGGAUUCAUGAAAAAUUAUUUGGCGGAAGAACUGAGUUCUGAUGAUGAACAAAACAUAGUUUCGCACAGACCAUUAGAAAGAAUCCCCACAACUGACGAGACAAUCAUCCAUAGUACACAUUCAGAUAUUGUACACAGUAUAAGUGAUAAUUCAAAUAUACCAAUAGCCAGACAGAUGUCACGACAGAUGUCACGACAGACUUCAUGUGAGAGCGAGUCGUCAGAAGUUUUGUUGCAUAAUACAUUGGUACAGGAUGAGAAUACAGAGUCAGGAUCGGUAAAAUUAAGCGUGAUUAUGACCUAUGCAAGAGCUGUUGGCUUUAAGAUUGUAAUAGUUAUAUUAACAAUGAAUAUGGUUCAUGAAGUUGCGGAGAUGUAUUUAGAUGUAUGGCUUAGUAAAUGGACACAAGAUCAUACAAACGGAACAGAUAAUGAAACUCAAAGAAACAUGAGACUUGGAAUUUAUGGAGCUAUAGGACUUUUUAGAGGUGUGUCAAUUUUUAUUACGGAAACCUUUGUUACUUAUGGACUGAUAAAGGCUACUAGAAAACUCCAUAAAGAUUUGUUACGUAACAUCUUGAGAUCACCAAUGAGUUUCUUUGAUACCACACCGGUAGGCAGGAUUGUAAACCGGUUCUCGAAGGAUAUAGAAACUAUAGACGACGAACUGAUCUACCAGUUUAAAGACGUGGUCAUAUGUCUGUUAUUAGUUUUGUGUAAUACAGUCAUCAUUAGCACCGGGACACCUCAGUUCUUAUUUGUAAUGCUUCCAGUCACCGUUGUGUAUUUCGCCUUACAGCGCUUGUACGUUUCAACAUCUCGACAACUAAGGACGAUGGCAUCUUCAGCUCGAUCCCCUAUAUUUUCACAUUUUGGAGAAACCAUUUCUGGAUGUUCCACAAUUCGGGCCUUUCAACAGGAGAAACGAUUUAUGACUGAAUCAGCACGUCGAUUUGAUGAACUCAAUACUCGUCGUUCUCUUGCACGAUCAGUUGAAAAAUGGUUACACAUCCGACUAGACUGGUUAGGAAGCAUUAUAGUGUUGUGUGUUUGCUUGCUAGUUGUAGUAAAUAAGGAUGAUAUCUCUCCAGGGAUAGUUGGUUUGGCUAUUACGUAUGCUUUGAAUGUGACCAAUUGCAUCGAAUGGUUGGUAAAAUUAACAACGAAUGCAGAAACCAAUAUUAUAUCUCUGGAGAGAAUCCAAGAAUACUCAGAAACACCUACAGAGGCUGAAUGGGUAGUGGAAAAUAAAAGACCAGAACAUGAUUGGCCAAAUGAAGGAAACGUUGAGUUAGAUAAUUACGGUGUUCGCUAUAGGGAAGGUCUUGAAUUAGUUUUGAAAAGCAUAACAUGUAAAAUAGCUCCAUGUGAAAAGAUUGGUAUUGUUGGUCGAACAGGAGCUGGGAAGUCCUCAUUAACCAUGGGCUUGUUCAGAAUUAUAGAAAAAGCUCAAGGACGGAUCAUUAUAGAUGGUAUCGAUAUUUCUACGAUAGGACUGCAUGAUCUGAGAUCAAAGAUAACUAUUAUACCACAGGACCCAGUUUUGUUUUCUGGAACAAUGAGAAUGAACCUGGAUCCGUUCGAUGAAUACUCUCAGGAAGACAUUUGGAAAGCCCUCAACUAUGCACAUCUGAAAGCCUUUGUGAUUAGUUUAAAAGACGGACUGGAUUACCACUGUUCUGAAGGAGGAGAUAACCUAAGUGUUGGUCAACGACAAUUAAUCUGUCUUGCCAGAGCCUUACUAAGAAAGACUAGAAUUUUAGUUCUUGAUGAGGCAACCGCUGCUGUUGAUUUAGAAACAGAUGACCUCAUACAGACCACCAUUAGAACAGAAUUUGCAGACUGCACUAUACUAACUAUAGCCCAUAGGCUCAAUACAAUAAUGGACUAUACUAGAAUUAUUGUGUUAGAUUGCGGACAAAUCAUGGAAUUCGACUCACCAACCAAUUUACUAUUAGAUAAGAAGAGUAUAUUUUAUGGUAUGGCAAAAGAUGCCGGCUUGGUGUCUUGAUGCCAAUGAUAUUGAAGUAUU